AUGAAAAAAAUAUUUCCUUCAAAUACUUAAAAUGUGAUUUCAAUUGUAGAUCCCGAUCAAACUACUGUUUAAAGACUCCAUCAAUCCUAAACUUCUAAGGCACAUUUCUCUGUUGUUCCUAGUGAACCUAGUUAAUCAUCAUAUGAAAUUAUUGAGAAAAACAAACUUCAAUAUUUAGAAUAUUAUGGUUAAUAUACAGAAUAAAGAUUUAUGGAAAAUAUGGCUGGUUAAUGUAUUUUAUAAUAUGAUAGGUUUGAUGCCAAUUCCUGAAAAACUGAAAUUACUUGAAAACUUCUUUAAUAUGUUUGAGGAAAUGAUGUAAUGCCUAAAUACUAUUUUAAAUAACCUUAUCUAAAUUAAUUUUACUUCUUUAGACUUUUAAUAGAUAUACAAUACUACACCAGAAAAUGUUGCUAACACUCUUUUUAAGGAUAUAAAAGUAAUAGUAAAUAUAUUUAAAGACACUUGAAGGAUUACAUUUAGAACUACAAUUUCAAUCAUCAUUAAGAUAUUUGGAAACUGUACUAGAGGCCCUCAAUCUGAAUCCUGAUUUAUCAAAGAAGCUAUAUUAGCUAGAUGUAAAACAAUGGUCAUCAUAAUGUUAUGGUCAUUUAAAUCAACAUAUCACUUCUCGUAGUAUGAAAGCGAGAGAAAAAACAUUUUGUUGUUGCAAAGUAUGAAUCACUG